GGUAAAAACCAACGAAGAUGAAGAAUACAACGAAGACGAAGCGGAGGUAAAAAUAGAAUAGGAGGAGGCGGUUCCUCGCCGUGUUCUGGGGAGAUACUGUUAAGCUGUUAAACUAGCAUGUAGGCUAGUUAGUUACUACAGGUACAGUACCGUGACGCGUUUAGUGAAGAGUAACGAUGGCAGACGACAUUCUGUUCGAGUUUCUUCACAUGGAGAUGGUGUCUCAUAUUUACACAGAGCACACGACUCGGGAAGAUAUAGAAAGGGAGAGAGUAACGUGUGUGUCUGUAUUGGAGGGAAUGGGCUUCAGAGUGGGACAAGGCUUAAUCGAGAGGUUUACAAAAGAUUGCCCCACCUUUAAAGAUGACCUGGACAUCAUGAAGUUCCUGUGCAAAGACUUCUGGAACGGUAUCUUCAGAAAGCAGAUUGACAACCUGAGGACUAACCAUCAGGGAACGUAUGUCCUCCAGGAUAACAAGUUUGCACUGUUGACUCGAGUUUCCGGCAGAACGCAGCAGCUUGAGGAAUCCUCUAAAUAUUUGUCCUACACAUGUGGUUUAAUUCGAGGAGCGUUAUCUAACCUGGGCGUGGAGACUGUAGUGACUGCUGAAGUUUCCUCAAUGCCUUCAUGCAAAUUUCAAGUCGUGGUCCAGAAAAGUUAAAACGGUCCGAAACACCGACCCUGUCUGUCCGAAUGCUACGAACGUAAUAACGCGGAUUCUUAACGUUUACAAAGAGCUGAGUGUUUACAGCACACAUAACUACAGACAGAGCUACGGUCUGGUUUCCUACACGGACCGGUGCACUCGGGGCCGUGCAGGUGAAAGAGUAAAAGCUGGUACUCGAACGAUUUGAUGUAAGAAAAAAAGAACCUAACGAGUGAAAAUGACAUGUUCUGAUCAGAUCUAGAACUUUUGAUUCAAAGCGACUGGCCAUUCAUGCUGCGUUUAUAUUCUCGACUCAGGAACCGCAGGAAACGGGAAACUACAGAUGUAAGAGGUACGGUUCUAUCGGUACUAUUAAGUGCUCAGAUGUUCUACCAUGCACACCUCAGCCCCAGAGUCUUUCCUGAAUUUGACUACUUAAAGCCAAGCACACGACGUCUCACUGUAACAUUUCGAAUGUAGUCUGAUCUACCUCUUUUCCACAGAAUUACCACAGACAAAUUUGCUGCCGAAUCGCAGCGGCGUUUACUAACGCUCAGAGUUCUCUAUUGUUUAAAUGAAACAAAUGAAUGCGAUUAUUUAUUAAGCGAAUAGAAUCUCGUCUAUAAUUCUAUAAUUACACAAGUUCCGUGACUGAGUUCUCCUCUUUUUUGGAGCGACACACACACCGUGACGAUUUCUUAUACUUCAGCAAAUACAGCGGAGCUACGUUAAAAAUAAAUAAUAAACGAUUAUCGUUUUUUCAACCACAGGCUUAAAUUAUUCCUCUUACACUCAUUUCUUUUACAUUCUAUCAUCCAUAGAAGAAACAAGAAGCAGUAUUUUAAAAGUCUUGUACCCUGGAGCUCGUUGAACAUGAACACACAGGCUCCGCCCUGUGACCAAGCCCUUUAAUGAAGUUUUUUUUGUUUUGUUUUGUUGUUUUUUUUUGCUCGGCCACAGCUCCAGAUGUCAUCUUUUCACUGUUAAUCAUUUCAGCUUGUUAGAUUUGUGUUAGAUUCAUUGUAAAGCGUGUGUCUGUUUGCAGCGUGUAAAAGUAUGUCGGUUUUAGAUAUAUUUUUCUUCUGGCUUAUAUCCGUCCCCUUUGGGUCUAUGCAACUUCUAUCAGUGAAAGUGUCUUUGUAUUGUUCAAAGAAUAAACAAGAGCAGUUUGGGA